UCUGUAUCGUAAGCUCUACAAGGUAGUAGUUCAUUCUUGGUCGUUGAAUAGUUUACAUCUAUUACGAUUUAUAUUAUAUUUAUCUCAAGUAUUUGUUUAUAAAUCUCAUCCAUUAUUGUUGAUUAUAUAAUAUUUUCAUAAUCGCGAUUUCAAUUAAAUGUGUUGCCUGUGAUUCACAUAUAUUUGCAUUAUUUGUACUCUGUUUAAUAUAAUUUUUGAUCAAGCACCACACAGGAGCAGAAAACUUAAAUAUGUCUGAAGAUGACUCCAUAUCUUCAAGCCAGCCGGAAGCACCGAUUGUUCUUGGUGUUGUUACAAACAUAGAAGGAGCAAAGAAAGAAUUGGCAAAACAUUGUAGGAAGCGCCCUUAUCUAGAUGGCACAUAUUACGUGCCUGAUCUAGAUAAAUCAUCUUUAAACGGCAUUAUUGUAGGGAUUUGUCAAUUAUGUCAAACUGAAAGUAAUAAACUCCAUACAAUAAGUGGAUCCCUACAAACUCCGUCUAAUUAUAAUACGCACAUUAAGAAAGUUCACGCGGCUAAACAUGGAGAAUAUGUGGAGUAUGUGGCUUGUAAAAAAAAAAAACUAAAUGAACAAAAAGCGGAGCUGAAAACAUAUUGUAACUUUUCGCAAUCAACGUUUGAAAGCAAUAUCGUCAAUUUUAUUUUGGAAACCAUGUCUCCUAUGAAUAUAGUUGAGCACCCAGCAUUUAAACGAAUAUUCGAUGAUUUCUGUAUCAAGAAAGGUGGUCAACCACUUACUCAUUUAUCUGCCAGGACAAUAGAACGCCGUAUUCAUGAUACUUAUAAUGAAAAUAUUAAUAAAUUGAACGAAAUGAUAAUUAAUACUCAGUAUGUAUGUACAACGGCUGAUACAUGGUCGAGUAAGACUCGCCGGUUUUUAGGAAUGACGGUCCAUUGGAUUGAUUUUAAAACGUUACAACGUAAAUCUUAUGCGCUUGCGUGUCGAAGGUUAACGGGUACUCACUCCUAUGAUCGAGUUGCUCGAUUAAUUGAAGAUAUUCAUACGUCAUUCGGUAUGGAUAAAACUAAAGUACUCGCAACAGUUACAGACAAUGGAUCUAAUUUUGUGAAAGCUUUUGGUGAAUCUGGAUUAAACAUUGGGGAUUCAUUUUUUUCUGAAACUGCAGAACCAUUCGUGAACCAAAUUGAUAAUGAAAGUAACGAAAACGACUAUGCCGAGAUUGAAGAAUUUGUAAAACGUGAUGAAUUUGAGUCAAUUGAAAGUUUACCUGAACAUAUCCGUUGUGCGAGUCAUACCUUAAAUCUUGUUGUCACAACGGAUAUGAUUAAAUGUAUCAAAUCUUAUAAGUUUCUGAACUCAGGCUAUACAGAAAUGAUUCAACGUUGCGAACUGAUAUGGAAGUUAUUAGCCUCACCUAAGCAAAAUGAAAAAUUAAAAGAUGUUUUGGGUCAAAGUUUAAAGAAACCAGUGAUUACGAGGUGGAAUUCGUUCUAUGAUGCACUUCUUCAAAUUUUUGGGCUAAAAGAAAAAAUUCUAUCGAGUAGCGAAGAAUUAGGGAUUUCUAAUCCACUGAGCGAAGCUAAUUUUCGGUUUAUGGAAGAAUAUUUACACUGCAAUCGAUCAAUUGCUGCGGCAAUUAACAUAUUGCAGGGUGAUGAAAAUUCUCCAUACGGCUAUUUACUUCCUACCUUAUUGACAAUUAAAAAUAAAUUACACCACUGCAAGCAAUUGAAAUUUCAGCAUUGCCAAAAACUGAUCUUGGGUAUAGAGAAAGGUCUGGAAACGCGAUUUGCCAAUGUAUUUAAUGUUGUCGAUGAAGGGCGAACAUGUGCAGUUGCUGCGGCUACACAUCCCAGAUUUAAAUUACAUUGGUUGAAAUCACUAAGCUCUGAUGCUCAAUCCAAUGUCAUGGUAGCCCUAAAAGAAGCUUUAACAGCCAAGCAGCAAGAAACUGUUACCGAAGAACAGCCAAUGGAAAUCGCAGAUGACUUUUUUGAAUUCACUACGUUUCCUGGAAAUACUCAGGAAACAGUUUUAAAAGUUCAUAAUUUCGGCACAUCUGAUCCGGAAUUAAUAUACCAACAGUUUCUUGCAGACAAAAAUAAUGACAUUUCAUUAUUAAAUUCGUACCCAGUGAUUAAGCAAAUUUUCGUUAAAUUUAAUACACCAUUGCCAUCGUCUGCAUCAGUAGAAAGGCUAUUUUCUUAUGCGACGAUGUUUAAUUUGCCGAAAUUUAAUCGAUUGACUGAUUCGAAUUUCGAACGUAGAGUCGUAAUGAAAUGUAACGCUUCUAUUUCUAAGCAAGACAAAAAAUAACAUUAAAUAUUAAUUCUAUUUAUCUAUCUAUCUAAUAAAACAUUAAACACUAAUUCUAAGCAAGACAAAUAAAUAAAUCAGUAAUUGUUAUUAAUAGAUAAUAGUUUCUGUUUAUGGUAGGAAUAAAUUAAUUUUCAAAUAUUUUUUUUUAUUGUUUUAAGUAUUGAAAUAUUUUACUAAUAAAUUAAAAAU